AGAACAGGUUGCCAUUUAAUUUCAAUUAAAACCCAGCGCAUGCUCUUUUGGCGGGGGAAAAUGUCUUCAUAUUUUUGAAGUCUCUAGCUCUCUGAUCUGUGUUGCUUCCUUGCCAUUUUCGCUGGUGAAAUACAAGAUGCCGAAGAGAGUAAAAAAAAAGCAAUACAAAGUGGAGAAAGUUGUUGACAAACAAAACAACAACGGACGAAUUGAGUACUUUUUAAAAUGGGCAGGUUACGAAGAUGAUCAAAAUACUUGGGAGCCGAGAGAAAAUUUGGACUGUGAAGAUUUGAUUGCCGAGUUUGAGAAGAACUACACACCUACUACUGUGUUGCAACCUUCUACUUCUUAUAGCAGCUCUGACAGUGAACCAGUGAAAAAGAAGCCAAAGCGAAUAUCAUCUUCCAAAGCACCAACGACUCCAAAGGUCACAAAUGGGGCCCCCAAAAAAUCUUCUCCCAAAAAAAUUUCGCCCAAAAAGGAGGCGAAUCCAACAGAGGAAAUAUCAUUACCAGAUCUCGGUGAACCGAAUGGAUUUGAUAAAGGGUAUACCCCCAAACAAAUUGUUGGAGCCACAGAACUCGACGGUCACAUUCUAUUUCUCAUUCAAUGGAAGGAGGUAAAUGACCAGGAGUUGGUCUAUGCUAGCGAGGCCAACGUUCAGAUACCCCAGAUCGUCAUUAAGUUCUAUGAGAGCAAGUUAACCUGGCACGAGAACAUGGAAGCGAAAGAAGAGUGACUCUUCUCCUGAGAUCUCUUGUACUACUUACCUGGCCCACCGUUCUGUUUUCAUGUACAUUCUAUUAUGUGCCCACUCACAUGCCAUGCCACAUUGAACUUCACACGUAUUAUUCUUGUAAACAUUGUAUUAUCACUCCUCACCGUGAGAUGUCUCAACAAUUUAGUUAAUACAGUACGAUCACUAAUUUUAGACAAUAAGAUUUUAUGCUUUGA